AUGGAUAAUGACCCGUCGCAAACGAGUAAAGCAGCGCGAAAAGCAAUGGAAAAAAUCGAGGCUGAAUUUCACAAGAUUCCGGCUAGAUCGCCUGACCUGAAUCCGAUUGAAAAUCACUUUCACUUGGUAAAGAAAAGUCUCGAGAAUAAAGCAAUUGAAGAUAAUAUAAC